CCGGAACAAACACCAGGAAAUAACGGGGACAGCAGCGCCAGUUCCCUGAAAUCGAGCUUAGUAAAUUUGAACGUUACUAAAGUUGAGCCCAGACCCACACAAUGGACGGAUUGGACGCACGCAAGCAAGAGCUGGAGCUGGAAAAGAGUGUCCGUCGUUUGCGAGAAAAAUUUCAUGGCAAAAUCCCUGUGAAGACAGCAGUUCUGUUAAUGAAACAAUUUGCAAACAAUCAUGACCUUGCCUGCCGACGCAUCAUUCUGUGCAUGGAUACAUUAAAUGAUGUUGAUCCUGAUGAACAACAGGAUUUAGAAAUGGACAAAGUGGCAAUGAAUGUUAUCAACAAAAUAAAGGAGGAUGACGAAGUGUCCAAGGAUCUAAUGAACAACAAAGAUAUAAAGGAUUUGGCCGAGAAACUAAAGGCUCUUCCCCUGACGAUGAAAAACCUGAAAAUGUUUAACAAUGCAUCUAAAAACUAUAUUGCCUCUGAGGAUAAACAGUUUGCCUGUGUACAGUGCGAUAAAAUGUGGUGGAGAAGGGUCCCACAGAGAAAGGAGGUUUCUAGAUGUCACCGCUGCCGUAGAAAGUAUGACCCCGUACCUGUUGACAAGAUGUGGGGACUUGCAGAGUUUCAGUGUUUAUCCUGUAACCGUACAUUCAAAGGACUUGGACAAAUGGGAAUACCGUCACCAUGUUAUACGUGUAACAUUCCUGUCUUGCCAAGUUGUAUUUUACCACCUCAACGACCACAGGGACCACGAACUCGCAAUCCUCACAGUUGCUAUGCAGAGGACUGUUAUAACCGCAGAGAACCCCACGUCCCUGGACUGCACUGCGUCCAUCCUAAAAGCAGGUCUAGAAAUCGCCUUCCUAAAGUGCUGCAGCCAAGUUUAUUGCAUGUGAGCUCAGGUUCCACCGUUGCCACAUGUCUAAGUCAAGGAAGUUUAAUCGAAUGUGACCUUGAUGAUCUCAUUAUGGAUGAUAUAGCGGAAACUGAUGAAGAGGAGAGUGAUGGCAGUGAUUAAUAAGAUUGUUGCUGCUAUAUUAUCAGAACAUAUGAUGAUUUUUUUUAUUAUUUUGUUUCUAAUUCUUUAAAUCUAGUGGAACUGGUCUUUAUAAUGUUUUUCGGUAAUACAUUCUACUGGUUUACACCACUAUUUUUUGCUCCAUAUAUCAUAACUACUACUGUUGUUAAUCCAUUUAAUGUUUAUGUACAAUUUAUACUAUCACUGUAUGUAACUGCUUUAUAUCGUUUUCCUAUUGUUGCACACCACCUCCAUACAACACCUCCUUUUGUAUUAUGUUAUCUGAUAAUCCAUUUUGUUGUUUCCUUUAAAUCCCCCCAUUUGCUUUUUGCUGCCCUGUAAAGAUUGUCUUAAUUCAAUUAUGGGUCAUCAUAGCUGUUUCCAAUGAUCAGUCCAUGAAAGAUCAUGCAUAUUUACUAGUUUAAGUCAGAGUUAUAAUUUUGGUAUAUUCAGAUUAACACAUAGAACUUUCAUAGAAUUCCGAAAUUACACUAAUUCAGCAAUCACAUUUCUCCAACAUAGGUGUGUCCGGUCCACGGCGUCAUCCUUACUUGUG